AUGGGCUGCAAGACCAGCCCAAGACAGUGGAAAUCAUCGCCGCCAUCCCGGAGCAAUUUCAUCGCGGUGGUGGCUGUGAUGUGCAAGCCGCACAGGUGCCCGCACAUUGCGAUGACGGGCAACAUCUGCGUCUACUGCCCGGGGGGUCCAGACUCGGACUUUGAGUACUCGACGCAGGCCUACACGGGCUACGAGCCCACGUCCAUGCGGGCCAUCCGUGCCCGGUACAACCCCUAUCUCCAGACCCGCAAUCGCAUCGACCAGCUCAAGCGGUUGGGCCAUUCGGUGGACAAAGUGGAGUUCAUCAUCAUGGGCGGCACCUUCAUGUCUCUCGGGGAGGACUAUCGCGACUACUUCAUCCGCAACCUCCACGACGCCCUCUCCGGCCACACCUCCAACAGCGUGGCCGAGGCCGUCCGCUUCUCGGAGCAAAGCGGCGUCAAGUGUAUCGGCAUCACCAUCGAAACCCGCCCCGACUACUGCCUCAAGCCCCACCUCUCCGCCAUGCUCUCCUACGGAUGCACCCGCCUCGAGAUCGGCGUUCAGUCCGUCUACGAGGACGUGGCGCGCGACACCAAUCGAGGGCACACCGUGAGGGCGGUCAAUGAGUGCUUUCAGCUGGCCAAGGACUGCGGAUUCAAAGUGGUGGCGCACAUGAUGCCCGACUUGCCCAACAUGGGCAUGGAGAGGGACAUGAACGGCUUCAUGGAGUUCUUUGAGAAUCCGGCGUUCCGCACGGACGGACUCAAGCUUUAUCCUACGCUGGUGAUUCGCGGGACGGGGCUCUACGAGCUGUGGAAGACGGGCCAGUACAAAAACUACCACCCCGACGCCCUGGUGGACCUGGUGGCCAAAAUCCUGGCCCUGGUUCCUCCGUGGACGCGCGUGUACCGCAUCCAACGGGACAUCCCCAUGCCCCUGGUCACCUCGGGCGUCGAGAACGGAAAUCUGCGCGAGCUGGCGCUCAAGCGUAUGGAGGACUUUGGCACCAAGUGCCGCGACGUGCGCACCCGCGAGGUCGGCAUCAAGGACAUCCAUCACCGCGUCCGGCCCGAUCAGGUGGAGUUGGUCCGGCGGGACUACGUGGGCAACGGUGGCUGGGAGACCUUCCUCACUUACGAGGAUCCCAAGCAGGACAUUCUCAUCGGCCUGCUCCGCCUGCGCAAGGCAUCCGAGGCCACUUUCAGAGAGGAGUUCAAGGCGUGUCCUACUUCCAUCGUGCGGGAGCUGCAUGUGUACGGCACCGUAGUGCCGAUCCACAACCGCGAUCCCACCAAGUUCCAGCACCAGGGCUUUGGCACACUUCUGAUGGAGGAAGCGGAGCGCAUUGCAUUGGAGGAACAUGGAUCAGAGAAGAUAUCAGUCAUCUCGGGCGUGGGCACACGACACUACUACCGCAAGCUUGGCUAUGAAUUGGAUGGACCCUACAUGUCCAAGAUGCUGCCUGGGGUCAAGAGCUUCUAG